CAACCCUGGAGACUGACUAUUCCUGGAAGAACGUCUCUCGGUAGGCCAGCUAGGCUAGUUAAUCAUUACUUCCUUAUAGUCAGGCUUUAAAUAAACUACACCAGAGCUGGUUAAAUACCACAUGCAGAUUAAAAAAAAAAACGACCCCAAGAUAUUGAUGUUUUAGAUGUCUAGAACUGAUAUUGUGAGUUAAGUGUAAUUGGGGCAGAGGGAGAUAAUCUGGUUUAGUAAUUGUUAGCUAGCGUAGCUCAACGCUGUAGUUAGCAAUACAGCGAGCUAACUGGACCUCUUGUCUUUUUGCUGACACUAAGUUCUGCUGCUUCUGUCAGGACCCUUGAACAGAAGGGUUGCUUCGCUGAUACGAUAUUUCUCCAUUAACGGCCCUGUGGAUAGGAUCACAGGAGGUUGAUCGUUGGCUGUGGGGAAAGGUGGGGCCUCUGGGGAGUUUAGGUUUGUCUUCCCAUGACAACGCGACACCAUGGUAGCAACGGCUCCAGCAGCGAUGCCGAGUGCCGGGUCUCGGAGGACGAGAGGAACGUGGAGGACCUGGAGCUCACUGAGCUCGGACCACUGCUGACGGGUCCAGAAGCCUCAGCCAAGCCCAGAGGUGCAACAGCUUACUCAAAUGAGGAGGAGGAAGAGGAGGAGGAGGAGGAUGACAAUGAUGAGGAGGAUGACUUGCAGGUAGUCACACUGCCUUUGCAGGCUCACCAUGCCAUGGAGAAAAUGGAGGAGUUUGUACACAAGGUAUGGGAAGGGCGCUGGCGAGUGAUUCCUUUCCACUUGCUUCCUGAUUGGCUAAAGGACAAUGACUACUUACUACAUGGUCACCGGCCACCCAUGCCAUCUUUCCGAGCUUGCUUUGGAAGCAUCUUCAGGAUCCAUACAGAAACUGGGAACAUCUGGACACAUUUACUAGGUUUGAUCCUGUUCCUCUGUCUGGGCACUCUGACCAUGCUGCGGCCAAAUGUGUCGUUCAUGGCUCCUCUGCAGGAGAAAGUGGUGUUCGGGAUGUUUUUCCUGGGCGCUGUGCUCUGCCUCUGCUUCUCCUGGCUCUUCCAUACAGUCUACUGUCACUCAGAGAAAGUGUCCAGAACAUUCUCGAAGUUGGAUUACUCGGGUAUAGCUUUGCUGAUAAUGGGCUCAUUUGUGCCAUGGCUCUACUACUCGUUUUACUGCUCUCCACAGCCACGCCUCAUAUACCUCUCUGUGGUGUGUGUGUUGGGCAUUGCUGCCAUCAUCGUGGCACAAUGGGAUCGUUUCGCCACUCCACGCCACAGACCUACACGUGCAGGUGUGUUCCUUGGCCUGGGGCUGAGUGGCAUAAUUCCUACAAUGCACUUCACCAUCGCUGAGGGCUUUGUGAAGGCCACAACAGUAGGCCAGAUGGGUUGGUUUAUCCUAAUGGGUGCCAUGUACAUCACUGGAGCUGGCCUGUAUGCGGCACGCAUCCCUGAACGCUUCUUCCCCGGGAAAUGCGAUAUCUGGUUCCAAUCUCAUCAAAUAUUCCAUGUAUUGGUGGUGGCUGCAGCGUUCAUUCAUUUCUACGGCAUCUCCAACCUGCAGGAGUUCCGCUACGGCCUGGGAGGGGGCUGUACAGAUGACUCCCUCCUUUAAACAACUCCAUCCUUCUCUCCGCUUGCUUUCCACUCAUCACUUCUGAUGAGCAUUUUGAACACUUUCUGGAUCAGUUGUGGUUGGAAAGAGCUUUGUAUUACACUGCCUACCCUGCACUCACUGAUCAUAAAUUGUCCUAAGAUUGUUAUUGACUUUAAGGGAUUAUUAUCUAUAUUUUAAAAGGUUUAUACAAUCAUCAAUGUGUUUUAUUGUUGUAAUACUUGAAGACAUAAGUAAAUCUUACUACUUGGUUAAAGGAAUAGUCCAGUGGUUUUCAACCUAAUCUCUAUUGAUUAGCGUCGAGCAUCUGCAGUAUAUGUGUCAUUACAACAGGCAAGAAUUGUGACAUGGUUCCCUGUCAUGAGAAAAGCUUGUUUACUCCAAACUUAUCAUGUUACAGUGACCCCGAGUGUGAGGAACGUGCUAUAUAAAUGGAGCAGUUAUAAAGUACAACAAGAAUAAAUAUUUAAAUUGCAUGACUUUUAUAUUAUAAAUUCAAAACUCUUCAUAGUAAAGAUCGUACGAUGAGACAGACAUGAGAGGAAAGACUCAACUUGCUUACACUUUCAUGGUUUUGUGGUAUUCAUGCCGAAAGGGAACUGAGGUACUUGUGUUUUUCUGUUUUAUAUUGGUAAAACAAUACCACAAAUUUUCCCUUCUGUUCUACAGAAGUACUUUUUUUUUUGCAUCAAGUCUAUUAAAUGCCAACAAAUCCUCGAGACUUUCAUUAUGUGCUUUUCAAGUUUUUCUUUUUUACCCAUUCUUUUCUCAAUACAGGGAAAUGUAAAUUCUUGAUUGUGGUUAUGAAACAAACACUACAUAUUUGGUUGAAAAAACAUGGACUAUUUGUUUAGGCAUUUGUUCAGUUUUCAAGGCACUGUCACACUCCUGGGGGGGGUAAAAUUAUAUCUCAAGAGGCAUUUGAUCAUACACUGAGAGUUGUGUGAGCGGUGCUGCUUCCUGUCUUGUUCAGUCUAUACACACUGUUGGAUAAACACGCUCCAGAUCUGAGAGCAGUAGCUAUGACUUUUGGGCGGUGCAGGUAUCUAGAACUAUGGAAACAGGUAUAAAAUAUUAACGUCUUUCAUCUGCUGUAAACAAUUUCAUGUAAUAAUCUGUAGAGUUUGUGACAAAAUUGAAUUUUCCUAGAUAAAUUUUUAAAUGUU